AUGCAGCAAAACAAGAUUUCAAAAAUUGAGAAAGCAGUAAUCGAAACCUGCGUGUAUUUAUAUACAGAAUUAUCCUCAAUGGUACAACAUAAUUAGAAAGAAGAACCUGACCGAAUUUACACUUCAAUUAACGAAAUUGUCAAAAUGGAUGCAAUGCAAGCACUAGCUUUAAUAAACUUAGAGCUCAAAGACUUAUUGAAAAUCAAGCGUGAUUUUAUGUUCAUGGAGGAGUUUGAAAAUUAUCAAAACUGUGACCAAUACCACAAAGCCCUUCAGAAACUUGAAGACGAAGUUAGGACUCACAUUAAAAUUGAACAGCAAAUGAAGCUGCAUAUUGAAAAUACACAGCAAAAACUGAUUGAAUCAGAAAAUGCUCGACUGGAACUUGCAUCAACCAGCAAAUCUAUUAUUGAUAAACUAAGAAAAGAAGGACAAACUGAUAGACCGACCCAUCGAAGAGAAGAAAGUUCUCCUUUGACAUCCAGAAGCAGCAAUUCAGAAGUGAAGCAUGAAAGAAAAUUAACUCAAGAAAUCUCAACAUUGAAGAUGAACUUGAAAAAAGAUUCUGCAAAAAUUGCUGAGUUAAUGAAAGACAAAAAGAGGCUUGAAAUGCAAGUCUCAAUGCAGAAAGCGCAGCCUGAAGUUAAAAAGCCAGAGAGAUCUAACCUAAUUGAAAAUAUUUUUCUAAAAAAAAUUUUUAGGAAAAUUAAAACAGAUUUUAUUUUAUGAAUAUUUUUAUAGAUCGAAUAUAUUUAAAAGAGAGUAAGGAAAAUAGAUCUGACAGUGCCAAUUGUGUAACUGAUUUUUACAAAAAGAAAUUUGAAGAAAAAUGUGAGCAAGUCGCUCAAUUGGAGAAACAAAUAAGAAUGCUAGCUCCCCUUGUAAGCACAUAAAUUUUUUUAAUUUAUUAACUACAAUUUAUGUUUUAGAAUGCAAGCUAUUUUAAAAUAUAAUAGAAUUAGCUUAAUAUUCAUUAUAAUAAUCAUUGCUAUAUAUUAAACUAUCUUAUAAAAUUGCAACUCACAUUAAAAUUUUAUUUUUUGCUCGAAAAUAUGAUAAUUUUCCGAAUAUUUUUGCUCGCUUAUAUAAGGUAGAGUAAGAACAAGAGCUAGCGAUCACAAUUUUAGCUACAUUGAAAGAAGAAGAAGAAAUAGUUAUACUCAAAAAGAACUGCUAAGCAAGUCACCUAUCAAAGAAGAAAAGUCUACAAGCAAUCUGCGAUCAGCAAGUCCAUACCUCUCCAAGAGUCAAAACGGUAUAAAAGGUACCUCAGUAGAAAAAUCUCCGAAACUCUUAUCAUCUUCACAAGUUUCCAAACUCAAAAGUCGAGUAAACUAA